AUGAAGUGGUUUCAUGAGAGUCCCAAAGACGAAAAUGCCCCAGAUUCGCCUUUUGGUAGAGAAGAUGGCGCGCAGGCCAUACCGGACGAUGAUAGAAUUGGUCCUAGUCUGCGGAGAGUGAAAACCGAGGAACUAGCGCCGUCUCCUGAAACUCAGAAGGCCGGUCGCGUGAAAUGGGGACGCUUGCGCUCUCUCCUCCCUCAGGUUGCCAACCAAAAUCCGAGUUCAGGACCGGGACCUUCGGCUGUUACCUCUAGCGCAGUCAAUAUAACCGAUGAACUCAUAACCGGAGGCCUCUCCACGUUGAUGCUACGACUAUGGUUUGAACACGACGAGAAAGGUCAUCGCAGGGUUCCCGUACUUCUUCAUCGAUUACGCCUCCGCGUUAGUGAUAGUUUGCAUCCGUUGCAAGGUCACAAAUCUGUCUUUCGGAUCGAAUGCGAAUACGCUAACGGUGCGGCCCGUUGGGUCAUAUAUCGACAGCUCCGCGAUUUUAUUUCCUUGCAUACCCACUACGCGGUCUCCAAUGCGUAUAAUCGCAAUGUAGAUGGGCUCCCAGAAUUUCCCCGCACAAGUCUACCUUAUUUUAAAUUUCUGAAGAAGGAGGGUCGAGAGAAAGGCGCUCAAGUCGGUCAUUCAGAAUUUGCACGCCUCCAACGUGAAGCUUUGGAAAAUUACCUUCUUGAUUUGAUACGUGCUGUGAUGUUUCACCCAGCCUCUAAUCGUCUAUGUGGUUUCCUUGAAAUCAGCGCUUUCUCUAUCGCCCAUGCGCAAACCGGUGGCUUCCAGUAUAAAGGUGGUUAUUUACAGAUAGAGGCAGCGAACGGCAGGAGCGGGGGCUUUGGCAGGAAAGGCGCUAGUUGGAAAGCUAAAAAAGAAUCUCGGUGGUGUGCGAUCCGAGAAAGCUAUCUAGUUGUCAUGAAAGAACCUGGUGAGCUCGAAGUGUGGGACGUCUUCAUGCUAGACCCAGAUUUUACUAUCGAGCGCCCUAAGCGUUACUACCGUCAAGGUCUCAGCCUGUUACAUCCGGAUUCCCUUUCCGAUGAGAAGGCUGAGAAUGAUGCUGAUAACAGGCGGAUGUCAGUCAACACCGACACCGAACAUAUGUCCCUCAUGGGAUCCAUUCGCGGUCACUUUUCUCAGGUUCUCCAUUUCGGGAAUCACACACGCGCUAGGACAACCUCGAACGUUGGGCGGCAGGAUGAUCAUGAUGAUGACACGUCUAGCAUUUCUUCUAGGUCCUCUGUUUCCUCCCGUGUGGCCACCCCAAUGCUCGACCCCUCCACCCACGUCAAUCCCCUUGGGCCAGCAGAAGACGAAAAUAUGGGCGAAGAACAUCCGUGGUCAAAUAACAAGAAGAAGAAAAAGGCAAACGUUCAUGAAGUCUCCAAGCAUACAUUCUUCAUUACAAACUCUCAGAUGAGAUGGAAGUUAUUCGCAAGGAAUCAGAGACAAAUGUUACAAUGGAUAACUGCCCUUGAAAAAGCGGCAGCAGCGUCACACUAUACUGGAAGCAACAGAUUCGAAAGUUUUGCCCCGAUACGACUAAAUGUAGCGACACAGUGGCUGGUUGAUGGGCGGGACUAUUUCUGGAAUCUCUCUCGAGCUAUCCUCAUGGCGAAAGAAAAUAUAUACAUACAUGAUUGGUGGCUCUCUCCUGAACUGCAACUACGGCGUCCGAACAAGGAUCGGUAUCGGUUGGAUAAAUUGCUGGAGAGCAAGGCUAGGGAGGGUGUCAAGAUUUUCAUCAUCCUCUACCAGGAGGUUUCGAGUCGAACAACUCCUACGGACAGCAACUAUUCCAAACAACGGCUUACAGCACUUCAUCCAAAUAUCAUGGUCCAACGUUCCCCUUCGCAUUUCCAGACUGGAACCUUCUAUUGGGCUCACCACGAAAAGCUCUGCGUCAUAGACCAGGCUAUUGCUUUCAUGGGUGGUCUUGAUCUCUGCUUUGGCCGAUGGGACACUUCCCAGCACGUCUUGAUAGACGACCCCGAUACCGACCAGUCACAGAUAUGGCCUGGUAGGGACUACAGUAAUCCUCGAGUCUCCGAUUUCUUCACUCUUAACAAGCCGGAAGAAGAUAUGUACGAUCGAAGUAGGAUUCCUCGUAUGCCCUGGCACGAUGUUGGAUUGCAAGUCGUAGGACAGCCUGCUAGGGAUUUAGCUCGCCAUUUUGUCCAGAGAUGGAACUACCUUCUGCGAAUCAAGAAUCAUACUCGAACGAUGCCUUUCCUUCUCCCACCACCUGAAUUCAAACCAGGCGAAUUAACUCAGAUGGGUCUCACCGGCACCUGUGAAAUGCAAAUUUGUCGUUCAGCUGGCCCAUGGUCGCUGGGUACCCCUAGUCGGAUCGAGCAUUCGAUUCAAAACGCAUAUCUCAAAGCUAUUCAAAUGUCAGAGCAUUUCGUGUACUUCGAAAACCAAUUCUUUAUCACAUCGACUGUCGUCAAUGAUGUUAAGAUCGAGAACAAGAUUGGUGACGCUCUGGUCCAUCGAAUUCUCCGCGCGCAUCGUGACGGUACGCCUUGGAAAUGCUGUAUCGUCAUACCGGUGUUACCUGGAUUCGAGUUUCCUAUUGAUCACAGCGAUGCAAGCGCGGUGCGUAUCAUAUUGGAAUGCCAAAACCGUACUUUUGCUCGGGGUCCACAUUCUAUCUUUGCUCGUUUAAGGAAGGAAGGAAUCGACCCGGAUGAUUAUAUUACAGUUUUCUCACUUCGUAAUUGGGGAAAACUGCGGGGUGAUGUUUUGACCACAGAGCAGGUCUACAUUCACGGCAAAGUCUGUAUUGUAGAUGACCGUCUUGCUAUCAUCGGAAGCGCAAACGUAAAUGAACGUUCCCAGCGAGGUGACCGUGAUUCAGAAAUUGCGGCUGUGAUCAGAGAUACCGAUAUGAUUGAUGGUACUAUGGCUGGCAAGCCGUUCCAAGUCGGACGAUUUGCACAUACCCUCCGCAAGCGUCUCAUGCGAGAACAUCUUGGUGUAGAUGUGGAUGCAAUAUACGAAGAGGAUCUCAUGGCCAAUGAACCCCGCAAAGCAGAACAUGAACAGGAAGCUUGGGAUCCAGAAUCACAGCAACAGUAUGGGAAGGAAGAAGGUGUCACUAAACUCUCGAAAGCCCAUCAGCGGACUCCUGCAGGUGCUUUGCUGCGCGACGGUAUCGAUGGUUUCAGGCAAGCGCUUCACGCGACUGGUGAGGCAGGGUCUCAAGAAAAAAAGGAAAUACUUCACAAACUCGGAUUGAGCAGGGACACUGCUGGGAAGGCGACAAAUGCAGCCUUAAGGGAAGAACGUCAGAUGUUCACACGUGACGGGGAAAAGGUUGAGGGCUUUCCCAGUUCAAUUGUCCCCACUUUGGAAGAGAAGACUGUGAUGGAACAUCGUCCGCCAGGAGCCGAAGCCGAUGAUAAACCUAUUGCAGACAAAUUGUCAGAGGGUACUCUUUCAGGCAGUGAUGGGAAAUCUGAAACAGAGGACUCAUCAACAGAAAGUUCACCUUUAAAGGGAGAUUCAACUCUUCAGAACAUAUCCAACACCGAGGUCACAAAUAGAACUCCUGAGGACCCUCGAGUAGACGAGGAACUUUUGGGGGCUCCUGCAAAUGCUUCCAUCUCACCUCAAACUGACAAUCAACCCCCUCAAGCUAGGUCUCAUGUUGAUGAUGCUGACGAACAAGAAAGAGCAGCACCUCGGGCGCGUUCUAUGAUACGAAAACAACUAACGAGCAAACUCGGGAGUAAGUGGACGCUUCCGACCCCUAGACCAAAAGUCGAUCCGCAAGCCUUUGAUGACCCUAUAUGUGAUGUGUUUUGGAAGGACGUCUGGGUUGCGUCUUCCGUCCACAACACCGAAAUAUUUAGAAAGGUAUUUCAUGCCGUUCCAGACGAUUUGGUGACCACGUGGAAGCAAUAUAAGGAAUUCGUCAUUCAUCACGAGCGACUAAAUAAGCCAUUCCGCGACAGCACAACGUCAGAUGUUGUCGGCCGUGUUCCUUCUGAAACCGGCGAUGAGGAUGUUCCAUUGGAAGGAAAGAGUGCGCAAGCGGAUGAGCAGGAAGAUAAUCACUCUCGACCGAGUAAGGAAGGCGAGGAGAAUGAAGAUUUACAUCUCGGUGCGAGUUCAUCAGAGAAAGAUCCAAAAACUCGCAAAUCUACACGAGGAAUUGAAGGGUUCGAAAAAUGGGAGAGAGAUGAAAUGGAAGCAUUACUAGGAGAGCUUAAUGGUCACCUUGUUUUAUACCCUACCAGAUUCCUGGAGGGUGAGGAUGCUGUCAACAAUUUCCUCUUCAAUGCAGACCGCUUGCUUCCUCUUCCUAUCUAUGACUAG